UGCUGUAAUGCGCUGGUUCAAUCAUGACCAGGCUGGACGGAAGACCCGAUUGGCGGAAGUGCUGCAGUUCAUCCGGGUGCCGUUUCUGGGACCGAAGUGUCUCGAACAGUAUUUUUUAGCCCAUUUUAACGGAUUGAUUAGUGCAACGGCUGGUAUCGCACGGAACGAAGCAGGGAUCAUUAGCGAGUUGCCUGGGCGAAGCGCGGAGGCAGUUUCGCUACGGUGUCGACCACGGACGUAAUUCGAAAACACAAUGGGGUUGCCAAACGUCAUCGUUUGCGUUGGUGGGUGUGAUGACCACAAGAUCCCGCAAGCAGCAGUGACUGUAUUCAGUCCAUCGACGUCCACUUUCUGGUGUCUUGAGAAGAUGUCUUAUAGCAUUGCUUUGUGCGGUUCGGUGGUAAUGGAGGAUAAUUCCGUUUUUGUAUGUGGCGGAUUAACGACGACCGACGAAACUAAUCGAGUCAGCCGCUAUUAUCCAGUUCAUAAUACAUGGGAAAGCGUUGCACCACUGCAACAUCGGUGGGCUGGGUCCGGCGUGGCUGCUUUGGGCGGUCGCGUUUACGUUGCUGGAGGGUAUUAUUAUGUGAAUGAUAAUUGGGAGCCCUUACGUUCUGUCGAGUGUUAUGAUGUGCUGACCGAUUCCUGGCAGCGUGUGGCUCAAUUACCGGUUGACGAUCUGUGGGGCUGCAGUAUGGUUGCUGUUGAUGAUCGGGUUUAUAUGUUUGGCGGUAUUUCGCAACAGAGGAAGACGAACGCAGUAUUCUGCUACGAUCCAACAAGCGACACUGGGAGUAGACUAGCUGACAUGCCCACUGCUCGAAACUGGUGUUGUGCGUGUGUCGGUCCUCGCGGAUUGGUCUAUGUCAUCGGCGGAAGGAGGAGUGGAGCUAAAUAUUUAAACUGUGUGGAGGCUUAUGACACGACCACGAAUGUAUGGUUGAAGAAACGCGGGAUGAUUACCAAACGUAGUAUGGCCGGAUGCGGUUGUGUGGACGGCAAGAUUUACGUUCUUGGUGGAGCGUCCACAGAGGAAGAAUGUUUGGAUUCCAUAGAGUUUUACGAUGAGAAUACAGACACUUGGACUAUGCACGAAUGUCGAUUGCCAAAGGCCAUCAGAGGUUUUGGUUGUGCAGUGAUGAAGAUGCAGAAAGAUUAGUGCGAGGGGCAGUUCAUGAACGGGUUUUGU